AUGUGGUCCCUGGUUGCUCUUUCGUUUUGUCUACUGCAUGCUGUCAAAAGCCAAUGCACGAUCAAUGUCAAAACUGAUCUCACCUUUCCGGAACCUGUGUUCCUGAAAAAUAAUAAUUUAUGGGUACCGAAGAAUGGACAACUUACCUGGGCGCUUGGUGAAUCGAAUAUAGUGGCAUGCCCCAGAAGCAACGUCAUUAACACUUUACUAGACAAUGCAUUGAUCACGUGUGUUGGCGGAACCACCUUUCUUCUCAACGGUCUGCCCGUCAAUGUAUCGAGUAUAGUUUGCACCAAACCCGUGACUGGAGACCAUCAACUAACCAGUACAGGUUGUGGAAAUGGUGGAACGAUACGCAAUAUCGGUUUCGAUGUUCUCGGAGUUGGAUUCGUUAAACACUUUUCCGUGUGUUAUAAUGCACAGACUGCCUCUGUCAUCUACACGAAACACACAGUCAACGGAGAUUCGAUUGCCGAUAGUAUAGUAGAGUCCUACCGUCCAUCGUUCAAAGUGACCGGCGUUCCCAGCUCUGUACUUGUGGACAGUUCUUACACCAUCAAGUCACAGCAAACACGACUAGCAGAGCUAUUAGGCUCGUCAACGCAAGCUGCAAAGUUUGUAAAUACCGCGUCCUACCUUGCACGAGGCCAUAUGACACCGGAUGCAGAUGGUAUUUUUCGUACGUGGCAAUGGGAUACCUACUUCUACGUCAACGUCGCACCCCAGUUCCAGAAAGUGAACGGUGGUAACUGGUUGACGAUUGAAAAGAUCGUUCGCAACACUGCCGAUCGUCUGCAGAGUGACGUGCUAGUAUACACAGGAACGUUUGAUGUAUUAACUCUACCGCAUGCAAAUGGAACACAGAUUCCCAUCACUCUCAGCGCUAAUGGCAUUAUCGCUCCCAAGUGGACAUGGAAAAUUAUUAAAGCGCCCAGCACUGAUUCCGCGAUCGCUUUCGUCACUAACAACGAUCCGUACCGAACAUCGAUUCUGCCUAGUGAAGUGUUAUGUUCUGACAUUUGUCAGCAGUAUGGCUGGUACAAUACUUUGUUCGAAACAUUUGCUAGGGGAUUCACAUAUUGCUGUAGCGUGCAAAGUUUGGUCGUUAAGGUUGAUAGUGUUCCGAACGAAGCGAUAGCUGCUAAUGUCCUAGCAUAUUAG